UCACUGGGAGCACACUGCGAAUGAACGGCGAGGUUUUUUAUUUGAAACCACAAGAACCACAGCUUUAAAAGAAACUGGCAGAAUGGAAAAGUCCUCUGAUCCACCGGUCCGGCGGCUCGUGCCCAUGGCCGCCGCUCAGCCAGCGCGCGCACAUGCACCUGAUGACCCGAUGCUGCAUGGGUAGCUGGAGUCAUCCUCCUGGAGGGAAAGGUUCAUAUUCGGUGUGAGCAGACUUUGGCUACGAUCCACGACGCCCUCCCCCUUUCACCCCCCUCUCCUCUUCCCUCCGACUGGUACAGAGAAGAGAAGAGUGUGAGAGACUGAGCGAAGGAACGUGGGAAAGAGGAAGACAAUGUACCAAACGCUCCUCCUUUCCUCCUCCCUCUUCAUCCUUCAUGUGAUGGGCACUCCCCAGUUCUUCGCUCACCACGGGAGGAGGGUGUGUGGCCGAGACCUCCGUCACAACGUUGUAAUGGCAACGGAGUCAUAUGUCCAGCCGGUGCACAAGCCCUACAUCACUGUGUGUCAGGGGCAUCGACUCUGCAGCACAUACAAGACUGUGUACACGGUUGCAUAUCGGCAGGUGAGCAGAGUGACGCCUCCUUCCCGUUUCUACCCAGAGUGCUGCCCGGGCUGGCGGAGAUUUCACUCUCAAAACUGCAACCAAGCUGUAUGUGAUCAAGCCUGUGAGAAUGGAGGUACCUGCUUAAGACCCAACCAGUGUGCUUGUCCGUUUGGCUGGAAGGGACACCAGUGUCAAACAGAUGUGGACGAGUGCAGCGAGCAGUGGCCAUGCGCCCAAGAGUGCGUGAACACAGCUGGCAGCUAUCGAUGUGCGUGCAGAGACGGCUUCAGCCUCGCCAGAGACGGCCGUUCCUGUCAAAGCCUUCCUCCUCCUCCUCGUCCUGCUUCUCCUCCUGCAACUCCUCCCUCUUCCACCCAGACCAGCCAGGCAACAGUGGGUGGUCACACUGAUACGGGUUUCAGCCUGGCUGAGAAUGUGACGGAGGAAGUCCAGAGCCUGAGGAACAGAGUGGAGCUCCUGGAGAAGAAGUUGCAGUUGGUGUUGGCCCCUUUCAGCAGCUUCUUCCCGCUGUCGCUGGACGAGGGCUUGUCGGAGAAAACCACCUUACUGUCUCACUCUUUCCAGCAACUAGACCGUAUCGACUCCCUUAGCGAGCAGAUUGGCUUUCUGGAGGAGCGCCUCGGCACAUGUUCGUGCCAGGAGAAUUAACCACGAAAACAUGGCCGACAUAAUUUCAAGAAAAGAUUGUACGCACCGACGUGGCUGCUGUUUGUAAGAGCGGGAUGGCAGAAAGCAGAAACAGCCUCAAUCCCUGAUAUGCUGUGACGCAAUCAUCGCACAAAUCAUCUGUGAUUUUAACCAUUCCCGACAGGUUCAUUACUUUUACUCAUUGAAUCACUGUCAAAAUCUUGAUUUUCUUUAACAGUAUCUGUGGCAGGUUCAGUGUCAUUCAUUACAUCACCUCUAUAGCAUUUGAAUCAAACCCCCACAGGGUCAAAGGUCAAGCUGGCCACUUUGUUCCUGUGUUUGUUUUGCAUCAGUGCAGCUGUGUCCUACAAGUCCCAAACUGUUCUGGGAUGGACACUGACAUCUGUAUUUAUGUAUUUAAAUUAUGAUUACUUGUAGUUAUUUCUCAGUGCUUCAACAGACAUUUUUUUACCAAGUUUUGUAACAUUUUGUAAUAAAAAAAGUCUUAAUCAAAAACCUCAUGUGUGCUCACGAAUAUAAAAGGAUUACUGAAUGUUUUCAAAUGCCUACUCUCAUCUCCACAGGCUGAGUGAGUAAAGCUAACACAACAUCAGACAUCUCAUGUUGACCUCUCCUACAGUAUAUACUGCAUGUAUGUACAUUACAGAUGAAGGCAAAGCAGGCAUUUAAAGUGCACAACCAUUUAAGAAAAAAAAAAGAAUAUUUUUUUUAUUGAAUCUUUUGCAAGGCAUUCACGUUUACCCAGAAAAGGUGAAAUCAAGAACACUACAUCAUCAAUAUUAACCAGAUACUAUAAUGGGCAUCUAUACCAUGUGUGCAUAUUUACACAGACAUACAGUAAGGGACCACACACAUACAGGCUCUGCAGGAUAUCAGCUCUGUUUCUCAUACCCAUCUAAAGCUACCACCAAUUACACUUUAAUAGCUUUGGUGAAAAUCAGAGAAAAGUGAAGUCCUUUUAUUUUUUUCUUCCUCCACCCGAACUCAGCAUGAAAAGUGCUUUAUUAAGGUUCAGAAUACUUUUUCCGAUAUCUUACAUAUUGUUUUUCGUAAACAACUGCCCAGAAAAAAAGAAAAGAAAAAAAGAA